GCCACGCGCACAAGCAAGCUCAGGAAAGCAGCAGGCGCCAUUGUCGCCGCGUGUAUAAACAUCUAGCAUGAGCAAGCCAGCUGCUGCACGUAGCAGUUCAUAGUUCUCGUAGUGCAAGUGUGGACGUCGGCCAUGUCGGACGAGCAAUGGCGCCUCGUUGGACCGAGCACGGCCACCGCAGCGGCGAGGUGGAAAGAGCUCCACGGCGAGCAGUCGUGGGAGGGGCUGCUGCGGCCGCUGGACCUGGAGCUCCGGCGCACGGUGAUCUGGUACGGCGAGAUGGCGCAGGCCACGUACGACGCGUUCAACCACGAGAGGCACUCGCCGCACGCCGGGCUCUCGCGCUUCGGCAGGAAGCGCUUCUUCGAGCGCGUGAUGCUGCCGGGCCACGCCGCCGCGUACCGGGUCACCAGGUUCCUGUACGCCACGUCCUCCGCCCACGCCGCGAAGGCCGUCGCGUUCGUGAAGGGCGGCCAUCCGCGGAGCCGGUGCAGGGAGUCCAACUGGAUCGGGUACGUCGCAGUGGCCACCGACGCGGGGAAGUCCGCGCUCGGGCGCCGGGACGUGGUCGUCGCGUGGCGCGGCACCAUCCAGGCGCUGCAGUGGACCAACGACCUCGAGUUUGCCAUGGUGCAUCCCACGGGCAUCAUCGGCGACGCCACUGGCGCCGACGUCAUGGUGCACCGCGGCUGGCUCUCCAUCUACACCUCCACCGACCCGGCCUCCACCCACAACAAGGAAAGCGCCAGAGGCCAGGCGCUGGCUGAGGUGCGGAAGCUGGUGGGCACGUACAAGGACGAGGAGGUGAGCAUCACGGUGACCGGGCACAGCCUCGGGGCGGCGCUGGCCACCCUGAGCGCCUUCGACAUCGCCGAGAACGGCUACAACUGCACGGCCUCGGCGACGUUCCCGGUCACGGCGUUUGCGUUCGCCAGUCCACGCGUGGGCGGCGCCAGCUUCAAGCAGCGGUUGGACACCGCGGCGGCCGCCGGCCUCCGUGUCCUGCGCGUCCUCAACUCCGGGGACAUCGUGCCCAGGUACCCGGCGCUGCCGUACCAUGACGUGGGUGUCGAGCUGGUCAUCGACACCAGCGCGUCGCCGUACCUCAAGGCGCCCGGCGACGUGAACGUGUGGCACAACCUGGAAUGCUACCUGCACGGGGUGGCGGGCGCGCCGACGGCCUCCGGAGAGGGGUUCGAGCACGUGGUGGAGCGGGACGUGGCGCUGGUGAACAAGUCGUACGACGCACUCAAGGAGGAGCACGGGGUGCCGGCGGCGUGGUGGGUGCCGUGGAACAGGGGCAUGGUGAAGGGGGACGACGGCCGCUGGAGUCUGCUGGACUGCGAGGACGAGGACGACAGGGAGGACGCCGUGGUGUCGCCGGUGAACAAGUGAAGCCGACGUAUCCAUCAGCCCAUCUCACGUUCGGGUUCGUGUAAUGCAUGCAUGCAUGCACAAAUAAUUCGUUCACGUUCAGGGUCUAUGAUCUGGACUAGUAUUUCACGUCGUUGUUUCGAAAUAUCCCAAUGAUUAGUAAACUCCACUACAUCUACAUUCUAUUACCUUUUAAUUGCGGGAUUAUAGCCCAAAUGAU